AUGCUGGGCUUGACGCCCCUUCCUGACCAUUACUCCACAGAACGGUGCGAGGAUGUGGGCCGGCCGGCGGACGGCAGUGUGCAGGGCACCGCUGCCAGGACCUUUCGAGGCGAGCUUCCCGGCCAGGACCCGGGAAGGGUGGCGCGUGCGCACCCCUGCCAGGACCUUGUGUGGGGAGCGCCGCUGCCAGGAUCCAAGAGCGUGAAGCACACCUCUGCCAGGACCCUGCGUGGAGCGCACCGCUGCCAGGACCCUGCGUGGGGCGCCCCGCCGUCCCCGCCCCGCGCGUCCCCGUCGCCAUCCUUGUCCCCGGCCUCGGCUCUCCGGCCGUCCCCGCUGUCCUCCGCGUCUCGCGCCCGCCUCGCCCGCACGCCCUGGUCACCGUCCCUGCGCCGCGUCCUCGGCCUCGCCCGCCCUCCGGCCGCGCCCUCCCCGAGGGCCCCCGCCGCCGCCGCCCUGGCGCUCCCCGCGGGCCCCGCCGAGGCCGCCUGCGCCCUGUGCCAGCGCGCGCCCCGAGAGCCGGUGCGCGCCGACUGCGGCCACCGCUUCUGCCGGGCGUGCGUGGUGCGCUUCUGGGCCGAGGAGGACGGGCCCUUCCCGUGCCCCGAGUGCGCCGACGACUGCUGGCAGCUAACCAGCGUGUCUUCCCAGGAGAACAAGGGGUCUGUGGAGAUUAUGAGAAAAGACCUGAACGAUGCCCGGGAUCUGCACGGCCAGGCCGAGUCCGCUGCGGCAGUGUGGAAGGGACACGUGAUGGACCGCAGGAAGAAAGCCCUGACCGACUACAAGAAGCUCAGGGCGUUCUUUGCCGAGGAGGAGGAGCGUUUUCUGCAGGAGGCGGAUAAAGAGGAGGGGUCCCCGGAGGAUGAGGACGCUGACCCGGCUGAGCGCUUUGGGUCCCUGCUGCAGGCUGUGUCAGAGCUGGAGAGGAGGCACCGCAAUCUGGGCCUCAGCAUGCUGCUCCAGUGAUGUCCUGCCCCCUGAGCCGGUUCCAGGCCCAAGAAGCUCCAUCCACCCUGGCCUGGCCCCCAGCAGCUCCUCCAUGGCCGCCUUCUGGACACACAGCAUCCUUCAGCCAUGAGGGUGUGCACCUAGGUGCACACGCAGGACGCAUGCCACAGGUGCCCACCUUGGGUUGCUCGAGACAGUGUCCCUGUUCCCUUAUCCUCUGGGUGUGGAUGUUCCCCAGGCUGUACACGUUUCACCAUAGAGACCUGCAGCAGGGGUAUCAACCCCAGGGUAUCACGACUCUUCAUAAAGCUCUUGUCG